AAUGCAUUCUCUUCAUGUUAAGCUUAGUGAUGAACCAGAAUUAUCUUCAGUAUGUUCAGCAUUACUUCUUGCAUUCAUUGAAAAUUCCAGAGUUUUGAGAUAUUGUUCUGGAGGUGGAGAUUAUACAAACACUCAAAAUGAUUUUGGAGAUCAUCAAUUAGAAAUGGAUGUAUAAUGUGAAUUGAAUGUAAAUACAGAAUUGAAGAAAACAGGAUUUGUUAGUCAUACAGCAAGUGAAGAAACACCAGAAGUAAAUAGAUAAUCAUAAUUAUUCUUAGAUGAAGCUACUUUCUGAAGGUGGGAAGUAUAUAGUGACAUUUGAUCCAUUGGAUGGAAGUUCUAUUAUUGGAACCAAUUUUGCUGUGGGCACAAUAGUUGCUAUUUGGAAAUCAGAUGAAAAUCUAUUAAUAGGAAAAAGAGGAAGAGACAUGGUAUCUGCUUGUUGUUGUUUAUAUGGAAGUAGAACAAAUGUUGUAUUCUGGAAUGAGAAGGAAUAAAAGGUCUAAGAAUAUACAUUAUUUGGUAUGGCAUUAAUUUUGAUUUUGUUUAGAUGGUGAUAAAUAAGGACAUUGGGAAUUAACAAAAGACAAUAUCAAGAUUAAACCAAAAGGCAAGUUAUUCAGUCCUGGAAAUACAAGAUGUAUAGCUGAACAUAUUCCUUACAGAGAAGUUGUAGAUUAUUGGAUUCAUAAUGGUUAUACAUUGAGAUAUUCAGGUGGAAUGGCACCAGAUAUAUGUUAGAUCUUUUUGAAAGAAGUAGGAGUAUUCUCUUGUUUUGGUGAUGCAAAAAAUCCAUCAAAAUUGAGAUACCUUUAUGAAUGUGCUCCACUUUCUUUCUUAACAGAGAAAGCUGAAGGAAAGUCUUUCAAUGGUAAACAUUCUGUACUUGAUACAGAAAUCACAGGAUAUCAACAAAAGAGUGAAAUCAUUGUAGGUAGUGCAGAUGAAAUAGAAUUUUUCAAGAGUGUUUGGAAGAAACAUGGACUUUUAAAAGAAUGAUUU